CCACAAGAGAAGAUCAGUGUAGCUUUCGGUUGGUGCCGGUGUAUUGUAUGUUUGUAAACGUUUUCAACAUGAAGCCAGUUCUUCUGGUAACCUUUCUUCUCGUUUUCUUCACCGUUGAAGGGAGAAUCCUGCGGUACAGAAGAAACGCUCACAAUGAAUACAAAAUGUGUAUUGCUGAAGAGUUGUUGGAGCUUUGUAGACAAAUGGCCAGCCAGGACACAAAGAGUGGAGCGAGAAUUAUUUGUAUACCUGCCAGAGACAGAAUUGAAUGUAUAUCGAAGAUAAAACAACGCGAGGCAGAUUUUGGAACUGUAGAUCCUGAAGAUAUGUACGUAGCUGCCAGGGAACCCGGUGAAGAUUUUGCUAUUUUCGAAGAAAUUCGCACCAGAGAGGAACCUGAAGCCGAGUUCCGUUACGAAGCCGUGGCCGUCAUUCACAAAGACCUCGCCAUCGACAGCAUCGAAGGUCUCAAAGGGCUCAAUUCGUGCCACACGGGCGUGGGCCGCAACGUGGGCUACAAGAUCCCCCUCACCAAGCUCAAACAGAAGGGCAUCAUCGGCAAUCUGGCCGAGCCCGAGCUCUCGCCCAGGGAGAACGAGCUCAAAGCCUUCUCCAAGCUGUUCAGCAAGGCGUGCAUUGUGGGCAAGUGGUCGCCUGAUCCCAAAAUCAACCUGAAAUUGAAGAGGAAGUAUUCGAACCUGUGCGCCCUCUGCGAGCAUCCAGAAAUCUGCGAUUAUCCCGAUUUGUAUUCUGGAUACGACGGGGCCUUGCGCUGCUUGGCGCACAACGGAGGCCAAAUCGCUUGGACGAAAGUGAUUUUCGUUAGAAAGUUCUUCGGGCUUUCUGUUGGUAUUACACCAGCCAAACCGACCAACGAAGACCCAUCCCAGUUCGCCUACCUUUGUCCUGACGGCUCUAAGGUUCCUGUUACCGAGACACCUUGUACAUGGGCUGCCAGACCUUGGCAAGGCUACAUGACCAACGCCGCCAUUGCCAAAUCCGUAGACGAUUUGAGGAGAAAACUGGAAAAUCUGAACUCCAUCGGUAGCAAGAACCACUCUCCUUGGUUGCAAAAGGUUUUGGAAUUGAAUGAUAAAACAGCGCCUAAGGAAAACAAGAUUAUAUCUCCUAAGGAUUAUCUGGAUAAAGCCAAUUAUACAGAUGUUAUUGAAAGAGAUUACGGCCCACCUUUCAAGACGAUCCGAUUCUGCGUUACCUCAAAGGACGAAGAGGACAAGUGUAGGACUUUGAGCAAAGCCGCAUUUUCCAGAAAUAUCCGCCCAAGAUUCGAUUGUGUUUUAGAAGAGAGCGUCUAUAAAUGUCUGAAUACUAUCAGGGAUAAUGGUGCCGAUGUUAUUACUCUUGAUGGCGGUCUGGUUGAUAUUGCCCAAAAAGAACACAACCUUAAACCCAUUCUUGCCGAACAAUAUGGUCCUACUGGUGGAUCUUAUUACGCUGUAGCCGUGGUAAGGAAGGAUUCUUCCAUCAAGUCCUUCGAGGAUCUAAGAGGAAAGAAGUCAUGUCACACUGGUAUUGGCAGGACUGCUGGAUACAACGCUCCAUUGUACACUUUGGUUUCCAAAGGGUUGAUCAAGGAGGGAGACUGUCCUUAUCCUAAGGCACUGACGGCGUUCUUCAGUGGUGGUAGUUGCUUGCCAGGUUCCAAAGACCCGAGGUUCAAGCUUGAUGAGAAUAUAUCAGAAAAAUUAUGCUCACUGUGCGCUGGUGACGUGGACAAAAACAAUCCAUCCACCAAAUGUAAUUUCGAUCAAACCGAAGCUUACAGUGGUUAUACUGGUGCUUUUAGAUGUUUGGUACAAGGAGGAGGUGAUGUGGCUUUUGUUAAACAUGUCACAGUACCUGGAAAUACAGAUGGAAAGAACAAUGAAGAUUGGUCAAAAGACUUGAAGUCAUCCGACUACGAACUUUUAUGUCCAGAUGGAGGAAGAGCACCUGUUACUGAAUAUGCCAAGUGCCAUUUGGCUCACGCUCCUCCACAUAUGGUUGUUACCUCUCAUUCAAAGACUGAUGCUGACAUCGAUGAAAUCAAGAAUGCUCUUUUGAUGGCUAGCAAGGAAUAUACUGAAAGACCUGAUUAUUUCAAGCUUUUUGGCUCUUACAACGGAAAGAAAGAUUUGCUUUUUAAGGAUUCUGCAACUGGUUUAAUCUCCAUUUCAGGAGAGUCUGAAAUUCAGAAGAAAUAUUCCCAACUAUUAGGAGUUAUAAACUCUUGUUCCUAAUCAUAAGAUUUUUUUCUAAUACUUUGUAGUUAUAAUGUUUCUAAUUUUGUAGAAUAAAAAUAUACACAUUUAUAUUUUAGUAGAUGUAUA